UUCCAAAUUCAAUUAAUUUCCUCUCUGUUUUGGGUUUCUGGUUUCUCUCCAUCUCAAUCUCUCCGCUAAUCUAUACACACACACACACACACACAUAUAUAUAUAUAUAUAUUUAUACACAGGUAUAUAAGCAUACGCGCAUCUCACCAAACUCACAUCUCAAAAACUCUCCACGACGACGAGCUUCUCCACCUUUCCGAGACGCGAUUCAUCAACCGCAUUAGCCAUGGCGCCGCCUCCUUUUCGGCUUUGUAUAGCUAUUUCGUUCCUUUUCAUGGUCUUCUCCUUGUCGCUGGCUUCCAUGUCAAUCAUCGAUUACGAUCUCCCCGCCGAUCCUCUGCAAUCGACGGAACGAACCGAGGCGCACAUGAUGAAGAUGUACGAGCAUUGGUUGGUUAAGCACGGGAAGAACUACAAUGCUAUCGGCGAGAAGGAGCGGCGAUUCGAGAUCUUCAAGGACAAUCUUAGGUUUGUCGACGAACAGAACUCCGUUCCUGGCCGCACCUACAAGCUCGGAUUGACUAAGUUCGCCGACUUGACUAACGAGGAGUACCGAGCGAUGUAUUUGGGUGCGAAGAUGGAGAAGAAGGAAAAAUUGAGGACUGAAAGGAGCCAGAGAUAUCUGCACAAGGCGGGCGACGAUGACGACCUGCCUUCUCAUAUUGAUUGGAGAGAAAAGGGCGCCGUUACGGAAGUCAAAGAUCAAGGCCAGUGUGGGAGUUGCUGGGCGUUCUCUACAGUUGGUGCAGUUGAAGGGAUAAACCAGAUUGUAACAGGUGAGCUAAUCUCAUUGUCAGAGCAGGAGCUGGUGGAUUGUGAUAAAGCAUAUAACCAGGGCUGCAAUGGAGGUCUAAUGGAUUAUGCUUUUGAGUUCAUCAUCAAGAAUGGUGGCAUUGACUCCGAAGCAGAUUACCCCUACCGGGCUUCUGAUAACAUGUGUGAUUCAAACAGGAAAAAUGCUCAUUUUGUUACCAUCGAUGGAUAUGAAGAUGUCCCGGAAAAUGAUGAGGAGUCGCUGAAGAAAGCUGUGGCAAAUCAGCCAGUUAGUGUUGCCAUUGAAGCUGGUGGCAGGGAAUUCCAGCUCUACCAAUCGGGUGUGUUCACGGGACGCUGUGGAACAAAUCUAGACCACGGUGUUGUUGCAGUUGGAUAUGGAACAGAAAAUGGCAUAGACUACUGGAUUGUGAGGAACUCAUGGGGUCCUAAGUGGGGAGAGAGUGGUUACAUCAGGAUGGAGCGCAAUGUGGCCAGCACUGACACUGGCAAGUGUGGGAUCGCAAUGGAGGCCUCUUACCCCACCAAGAAAGGCCAGAACCCACCAAAACCGGGACCAUCUCCCCCAUCUCCGGUAAGGCCACCGACUGUCUGUGAUGAAUAUUACUCCUGCCCUGAGGCCACCACCUGCUGCUGUGUCUACGAGUACGGUGGAUUCUGCUUUGGCUGGGGAUGCUGCCCUCUUGAAUCCGCAACCUGCUGCGAUGACCACUACAGCUGCUGCCCUCAUGACUAUCCCAUCUGCGACCUUGACGCUGGAACUUGCCGAAUGAGCGAGAACAACCCAAUGAGUGUAAAACCAUACAAACGAGGGCCUGCUAGAAGUACACGAUCACCAAGUGUUGGCGAGCUUGUCAGCAGUGCUUAACAAGGCCCUGCAACAAUCAGCCGCUGCCAUUGGAGGUUUAUAUGCUUUUGGGAUCAAUCAGUUAGUAGAUAGUCGUAAUCUUUCUCGGUGAUUUGUUGUAAAUAAGAAACUCCUUAUUUAUCUUAUUCUAUCCAAAAUCAAACAGAUAAACUCCCAUUUCAUUGUAUCAAAAUUUCCUGCGAAUUCUCCAUUUUAUUUUCACUAA